AGAGAGAGAGAGAGAGAGAGAGAGAGAGAGAGACAUGUACACCUUCCAGAGUAAUAAUAUGACGCUCGGCCUGUCUACUCUACUUCACAUGUGACCACCCUGUGUCGAUGCUUACAACGCCAGUGCCGCUUCACAAAAGCAGGACAUAUAAAGCAGCACAGCAGACCAGAAGGUAAGCCAAGAUGGACCUGAAGGAUCAGGGCGCUCAAAUGGAACCUCUGCUUCCCUCGGUAAUUACACCUUCCCGAGGAAGAAGUGUGAGAGGUGAUGAGGAGGCAGUGGUGGACAGAGGAGGCACACGAUCUAUGCUGAAGGCUGAUUUAGAACAAGAGGAGCUAGAAGGUCACAGAACAUUGUAUAUCGGGGUGCAUGUGCCUCUGGGACGCAGAAGCCACAGACGCCACAGGCAUCACGGCCACCGACACAGGAAGAGGAGCAGAGAAAGAGACUCAGGAGUGUGUGAUGGACGGGAAUCGCCUGCAUAUGACACACCCUCUCAAAGGGUCCAGUUCCUGCUGGGAACUGAGGAUGAUGAUGAAGAGCACAUUCCACAUGACCUCUUCACUGAACUGGAUGAAAUCUGUCUGCGUGAUGGGGAGGAUGCUGAGUGGAGGGAGACAGCUAGAUGGCUGAAGUUUGAGGAGGAUGUGGAGGAUGGAGGGGAGAGAUGGAGUAAGCCCUACGUGGCUACCCUCACUCUGCACAGCUUAUUUGAGUUGCGCAGCUGCAUCAUGAAUGGCACAGUGAUGCUAGACAUGAGGGCCAACUCCCUAGAGGAUAUUGCAGACAUGGUGUUGGACCAGCAGGAAACACUGGGGGAGCUUGGUGAGGACGUGAGAAAGAAAGUCCGUGAGGCCCUGCUCAAGCAGCACCACCAUCAAAACCACAAGAAGCUGGCUAAUCGUAUUCCCAUAGUCCGCUCUUUUGCUGACAUCGGCAAGAAACAGUCCGAACCUAACUCUAUGGACAAGAAUGGUGGUUCAUCUUUCUGUUCUCUUAAGUCUUCCCUUUGGGGUUCAUUUAAUUCUGAUGGGAGGUGCAGGCAGGUGUCUUCCUGCUGGCCUCAGUGCUGCACUUCCAGCGUCUCCAUCUCGUCUCCACUCCCCAAAUCAUCCACUUCCAUCUCCACCAACCAAGCCCACACACACAUCUCACUGCAGUCCUCACACACUGACCCGGACCCAGGCCAGAUGAUCCCUCCUCAGUCCCAGCCUACUGCACAAGACCUCAAGCCAGAGGUUAUAAGAGAGAGCAGUAGUGUGGAUUUCAGUAAGAUAGACCUGCACUUCAUGAAGAAGAUUCCUGCUGGAGCUGAGGCCUCUAAUAUCCUGGUAGGAGAGCUGGAAUUCUUGGAGAAACCUGUAGUGGCAUUCGUACGUCUCUCACCUGCUGUCCUUCUCAAUGGCCUGGCAGAAGUUCCCAUAACCACGAGGUUCCUCUUUAUUCUUCUCGGGCCUCUGGGUAAAGGACCACAGUACCAUGAGAUUGGCAGGUCUAUUGCAACCCUGAUGACUGAUGAGGUCUUCCAUGAUGUUGCAUAUAAAGCUAAGGACCGCAAUGAUCUAGUGGCUGGAAUUGACGAGUUCCUUGACCAAGUAACAGUGCUACCCCCUGGUGAAUGGGACCCGUCUAUCAGAAUCGAGCCACCGAAAAACGUUCCUUCUCAGGAGAAAAGAAAAAUCCCUGCUGUCCCCAAUGGAGAGCUGGCAGAGAGUAAGGAACAUGGGGGGCAUGGAGGCCCUGAGCUACAGCACACCGGGAGGCUGUUUGGUGGGCUUUUCCGGGAUAUAAAGCGCAAGGCACCACAUUACCUAUCUGACUACACAGAUGCCAUCAGUUUGCAGUGUGUGGCUUCUUUCCUCUUCCUCUACUGUGCCUGCAUGUCUCCUGUCAUCACCUUCGGGGGACUGCUGGGGGAAGCCACAGAGGGACGCAUUAGUGCUAUCGAGUCUUUGUUUGGCGCGUCGAUGACUGGAAUUGCUUACUCGCUGUUUGCGGGCCAACCUCUCACCAUCCUUGGCAGUACUGGACCUGUGCUGGUUUUCGAGAAGAUUUUAUUCAAAUUCUGCAAGGAAUAUGGGUUGUCCUAUCUGUCUCUGAGGACAUGUAUUGGCCUUUGGACUGCUUUUUUCUGUUUGCUGCUGGUGGCUACUGAUGCCAGCACACUCGUUUGCUACAUAACUCGUUUUACAGAAGAAGCCUUUGCCUCACUCAUCUGCAUCAUUUUCAUCUAUGAGGCUCUGGAGAAGCUGAUCCACCUCGGCGAUACUUACCCUUUCAACACGAACAACAACAUUGAGAAACUCACCACCUAUUCAUGUGCUUGUAUAGAGCCUGUGAACCCCAGCAAUGCCACCCUGCUGUAUUGGGAGCAGAACAACAUCACAGCAUCAGAGAUCUACUGGGAGGCUCUGGAAGUGCAGGACUGCAUAGAGAAGAAAGGGGUGUUUGUGGGUUCAGCCUGUGGACCUCAUGGUCCCUACGUCCCUGAUGUACUGUUCUGGUCCGUUGUGCUGUUCUUCUCCACUGUGGCCAUGUCUGCUUUCCUGAAAGAAUUCAAAACCAGCAGAUACUUUCCCACCAAGAUCAGAUCAAUCAUCAGUGAUUUUGCUGUGUUUAUUACCAUUCUGACAAUGGUUCUGGUGGACUACGCUUUAGGUGUCCCAUCACCCAAACUGCAGGUCCCCAACAAGUUUAAGCCAACACGAGAUGACCGAGGUUGGUUCAUCAACCCAUUGGGUCCAAACCCCUGGUGGACUUGUAUCGUAUCGGUGUUCCCUGCUCUUCUCUGUACCAUCCUUAUCUUCAUGGACCAGCAGAUUACUGCAGUCAUUAUAAACAGGAAGGAACACAAACUUAAGAAAGGCUGUGGUUACCACCUGGACCUGUUUGUGGUGGGUGUGAUGCUGGGGGUGUGUUCACUGAUGGGGCUGCCCUGGUUUGUGGCAGCUACAGUGCUUUCUAUCUCACACGUGAACAGUCUGAAGCUGGAGUCAGAGAGCUCAGCCCCAGGAGAGCAGCCUAAGUUUCUGGGCAUCAGAGAACAGCGGUUUACUGGCCUCAUGAUUUUUCUCCUGAUGGGAUGCUCUGUCUUCAUGACCUCCGUUCUUAAGUUUAUUCCAAUGCCUGUGCUGUAUGGAGUGUUUCUUUAUAUGGGAGCAUCAUCUCUACGGGGAAUACAGUUCUUUGACAGGUUGAGGUUGUUUGGUAUGCCAGCUAAGCACCAGCCGGAUUUUAUCUACCUGAGGCACGUUCCUCUGCGGAAGGUUCAUCUGUUCACCAUCAUCCAGCUCAGCUGCUUGGUUCUUCUCUGGGUCAUUAAAACGUCUCGCGCCGCCAUCGUCUUUCCUAUGAUGGUUCUUGCUCUGGUAUUUAUUCGGAAGCUGCUGGAUUUUAUCUUCACUAAAAGAGAGUUGAGCUGGCUGGAUGACCUCAUGCCAGAAAGUAAGAAAAAGAAAAUGGAGGAUGCAGAAAAAGAGGAGGAGCAAAGUAUUCUGGCAGAAGAAGAGGGAGUAGUACAAGUGCCAUUGGAAGGACAUUACAAGGAUGAUCCGUCGUCUGUGAACAUCACUGAUGAGAUGUCUAAAGCCUCCUUCGGAAACACUUGGAAGGCUGUCAGCUCCGAUGGCUCAAAAAAGUGAACCAAAC